CAACAUCCGAACAAAUGCCUGAAGGAAUCAAAAAUGGUUUGUCUUUCAAGAAAUCAUCCAACAAUACAGGUGAAAUGGGAGUGAAGGACAUCCAGAAUUGGUGGACUUCGCCAUCUAAAGUUGCAUCUCACUUUGGAACAAGUGGUGCUGCUGUUGCUGCAGCCACUGGCAUCACACAUCCAUUAGAUGUACUCAAAGUUAGACUGCAAAUGCAAUUUGUUGGAGAAAGAGGUCCGCUGAGUGGAAUGGGACAAACUUUUGUUCGGGUUGUUAGAAAAGAAGGACCUCGCUCCUUGUAUCUGGGAUUGACACCAGCAUUGACGAGGUCAGUUCUUUAUGGAGGUCUACGUUUAGGUUUGUAUGAACCUUCUAAACAUUUCUGUGAACUGGCCUUUGAGUCCACUAACAUCUUCAUGAAGAUUGCAUCUGGAGCUGCUUCUGGUGCUUUUGCCACUUUGCUGACCAACCCUGUGGAAGUUCUAAAGGUGCGUCUGCAAAUGAACCAUAACGUGCAUGGUGGAGCAAUUGGUGAACUGCGGAAAAUUGCCGCAAAAGAGGGCAUAGCAGCCCUCUGGAAGGGGGUUGGACCUGCUAUGGCCAGGGCAGGGGCUUUAACGGCAUCACAGCUGGCUACAUACGAUGAGUUUAAGCAGGUUUUAAGAAAAUGGACAUCUCUUGAAGAAGGAUUCUAUCUUCAUCUCAGCUCAAGUACCGUAGCAGGCUCAGUGAGCACGCUCAUAACUGCACCUAUGGAUAUGGUUAAAACCCGACUCAUGUUGCAACAAGAAUCUGUGAGAGAUGGAGCUUAUAAAAAUGGGUUCCAUUGUGCAUAUAAGGUUCUUAUCACAGAGGGACCUCGAGGACUCUACAAAGGCGGAUUCGCGAUUUUUGCACGAUUAGGUCCACAAACUACAAUCACAUUCAUACUGUGUGAGAAAAUGCGCGAACUCGCUGGAUUGAAAGCCAUCUAGUCUCUAAAAUCUAUGGUAACAUCUUGCUCUUGCCUGCAUAUUUAUUUGCAUAGUUCAAGUAGAAUUCUUCAUUCAUGAUCACCCGAAAAUCUUCUUUCGGUAAUAAAUUUCUUCGUUUUUAGACAAAAAUGUUAGCGUAUCGAAGGCCGUUUCUCGAUAAUUUGAAACUAAAGGCCAAGUUCUAUUCAUCCGCUCGUACCCCCAUUUGAUGAAAUUUUGUUAUUUUUGCGUAGACUUUGUUUCGCGUUUUACAUGAUCAAAUGUUGUUGUAUUUGA